UUUUACAGAUUACUGCUUAUUUCCUGCAUAUCAUGUGCUAAUUCCUCGUUCUGGCUGCUAAUUUCUGUGUCUCCCCCAGCCCUGCUGUCCAGUCAGGCGCCCCCAGACUCUGUGCAGGUGGCGGAGAAGCUGUUGGCUCCGCCUGUGAUCCAGUAUGACAUGGAAGCCGAGAAGCAGCUGAUCCGGGAGGAAUAUGAAGAGCGCCUGGCCCGCCUGAAAGCCGACUAUAAGGCUGAGCAGGAGUCUCGGGCCAGGCUGGAAGAAGACAUCACUGCCAUGCGCAACUCAUAUGAUGUCAGGCUGUCCACACUGCAGGAGAACCUGCGGAAGGAGACAGGUGGGUCCUCCUUGUCCCCCGGGGCUGUCUCGAGGGAAGGUGGCCUCUUUCCACCUCACUGUAGUAACUACGUCACAGAACAUUCUCCACACCCAAGGCUCGGGUCUGUUUCAUCCUCACAGGGGUCCAGCAAG